ACAGAAAAACGUUCAAAAUUUUCAAAUUUCAAAAAUUUCUAAUCCCAUAUUUUAAGCCGUUAAAAACGGUUAUCAACUAACCCUCUCUCCCUUAUACUCCUGCACUUCUCUCCUACAAAUUCUUCUCCAAAUUUCACUUAAUCUAAGCUCAAUCAAAAUGAGAGAGUGUAUUUCAAUCCACAUUGGUCAAGCCGGAAUCCAAGUCGGCAACGCUUGUUGGGAGCUUUACUGCCUUGAACAUGGAAUCCAGCCUGAUGGGCAGAUGCCCAGUGACACAACUGUUGGCGGUGGAGACGAUGCCUUCAACACCUUUUUCAGUGAAACCCGAGCAGGAAAACAUGUUCCUCGUGCCGUGUUCUUGGAUCUGGAGCCGACUGUCAUCGAUGAGGUCAGGACCGGGGCAUAUCGUCAGCUGUUCCACCCCGAACAGCUCAUCAGCGGCAAAGAAGACGCUGCCAACAAUUUCGCCAGAGGCCACUAUACAAUUGGGAAAGAAAUUGUGGAUCUAUGCCUGGACAGGAUCAGGAAGCUAGCAGAUAACUGUACUGGGCUUCAGGGUUUUCUGGUUUUUCAUGCUGUUGGAGGUGGAACUGGAUCUGGUUUGGGGUCUCUGUUGCUGGAGAGGCUAUCAGUCGAUUAUGGAAAAAAAUCGAAGCUUGGUUUCACUGUGUAUCCUUCCCCUCAAGUUUCCACAUCUGUUGUGGAGCCUUACAACAGUGUCUUGUCCACUCACUCUCUUCUAGAGCACACCGAUGUGACCGUGCUGCUUGAUAACGAGGCCAUCUACGAUAUCUGUCGUAGAUCUCUCGACAUUGAACGACCCACCUACACCAAUCUCAACCGUCUGGUUUCUCAGGUGAUUUCUUCAUUGACCACGUCACUGCGAUUCGAUGGAGCAUUGAAUGUGGACAUAACAGAGUUCCAAACAAAUUUGGUUCCUUACCCUCGAAUCCACUUCAUGCUCUCUUCAUACGCCCCUGUAAUUUCAGCAGAGAAGGCCUACCAUGAACAACUCUCAGUGUCUGAAAUCACCAACACCGCAUUUGAGCCUUCUUCAAUGAUGGCAAAAUGUGAUCCGCGACAUGGGAAAUACAUGGCCUGUUGUUUGAUGUACAGGGGAGAUGUGGUUCCGAAAGAUGUGAAUGCAGCUGUGGCAACAAUCAAGACUAAGAGGACUAUUCAAUUCGUGGACUGGUCCCCAACUGGGUUCAAAUGUGGAAUCAAUUAUCAACCUCCAACUGUUGUUCCUGGAGGUGACUUGGCCAAGGUUCAGAGGGCUGUUUGUAUGAUCUCGAACUCAACAAGUGUCGCUGAGGUGUUCUCGAGGAUCGAUCAUAAAUUUGAUCUGAUGUACGCGAAGAGGGCUUUUGUGCAUUGGUAUGUUGGUGAGGGUAUGGAGGAAGGUGAGUUUUCGGAGGCAAGGGAGGACUUGGCUGCUCUGGAGAAGGAUUAUGAGGAAGUUGGAUUGGAGUCUGGUGAAGGGGAGGAUGAUGAUGAAGGCGAAGAGUACUGAUUUUUAUUUUGAUGUAGUGUGUUCUGCCAAUGGACUCGAUUGGUCUGUAACAGUUUCAAUUAGAUCAUAUUUCUGAGAAAAGCUGUAGGACACAGUCCAGUCGUCGUUCUUCAUCUAUUGCAUCGAGCAAAAUGUAUCAUUUUUCCCUAUUGAUUUUUCAAUCCUUCCAAUCUUGGAUCUUUCUUUA